CAGCAGGCCCCAACAACAUCAUGGUGUGUUUCCUGUCAUGUCUGGGUAUCACAAACAAACACAAACGCCGCAAGUCCAGCAAGAAAAUCCAACCAACAUUCAACAAGGUAGCUGGGAAGUACACACCUCUAGACUGUAGAAUACCAGAUGAACCACAUUCACAAACCAGCAGGAAUACAAGGAAAGACUCACAGGCUCUUAAGGUCAAGAAAAAAGUGAGCUUUAAUUUGAAUGUCCAGAUCUAUGAGCCUUUGCGCCAAGAGUCGAUUAAUUAUGAUUUUUCAUCGGACGGCCUAGAGAAGCUGGAUUCGGAGUACCCUUCAGAUUAUAGGUACUAUAGUUGCAGGGAUAGUUUUGAUGAUGAUGUUGAUGAUGACAUAAGGCUUGAUGAAAGUGAUCUUGAAGAAGAAGAAAUUGAUGAAGAAGAAGAUGGUUUUGGAAAUGAGAAUGAAUUGAUAUUAGGCCAAGGAGACAAUGGCAGGACUAGAAGUAGUGAGUAUUUGGAUUGUGUGCUAAAACCAGUUGAAAACCUCACACAGUGGAAAGCAGUGAAGGGAAUCAGUUUGAAAAAGAACCAGAAGGAGAAUAUUAGAGGAAGAGAUGAAGAAGGUGAAAAGCCUUCAAUUCCAAAUCCAGUUUCAGAUCCUUUGAAAUGCAAACAACAUCAAAACAAGAGGAUACCCCUUCAGGUCGAUGCUAGUCUCUCAAACUGGUUGAUAUCAGCAGAAAAUAAGCCACUGUGUGCCUAGCUAUUUCCUUUGUGGCUGUUCUUCUUCUUCUUUUUGCAAUUUUUGUUACUCCAUUUAUUGAUUCUUUUCUUUAUUGUUGCUUGCAAGUGUGAUAUUGUAAUAUGCACCAUUUUUUUAUUUGUAUUUGUUCUAAUUAAUUGCUGUUAACUACGGAGUAUUACACUGUGAUGUGCCACUUUAUUAGUACCUACAUUGUAAUUGUAAUAUGCACCUUUAGAAUGUCCCCUUUUGUUAAAUUUAAGUUGCUUGGACCGUUAAAUGUAAA